AUGAAAGAGCUGUUACAUGCCGAUAUAAUUGAAGGGGUGGAAGGCCCCACCACAUGGGAAAGCUCAUUUUUCAUUGCACGUAAGCCUAAUGGCGACAUUAGACUUUGUGUGAACAUGCGACGAGCAAACGAGGCAAUAAUUGAGCUCCAUCCAGAUUGCAGGGACAUUACCACCUUUCUAACACAUGAAGGUUUGUUUCCUUGUAAGAGAGUGAGCCUUGGAGUAAAUGCAGCUCCUGAGAAAUAUGAACACAUCAACAGACAAGUUAUCGCAGACAUUCAUGGAGUUGUAAACAUUGCGGAUGAAUCGGUUGUUCACGGUAAGACGGUCGCUGAACAGGAUCGAGAUCUGCAUGAGCUAUUGGCAAGGCUGGAAGAUAAGAGCCUUACCUUGAAUGGCGGCAAGCGUACCUUUGGAUUGAACAAAGUUGUUUUCAUGGGGAUACUCCUUUAA